CAAUAUCCGGUUGGAUACCUAAGUGAUGAAUGGCUUUUUGUUCGCUUACUAAGUUGACAGUGGACAUUACAUGCUUAUUCAGAUGGUUAUUAGAAUGCUAAGUGAUGACUGGCGCCACUUGGUUCACACAGACCCUUCAUUCUAUUGGAUGAGCCUGUAGUUUCUCUUUUCACUCUUGGUUGAAGCUACUCGCAAUUUCUUGCGGUUGGAUAACUAUUGGUUUGGUUAAUUGCUCCUGACAUCUCGGCUUUAUAACUGCUUCAUCUAUGUCUAUGUUCUCAAUUGCGUCACACUUUCAACUAUGAUUACCCGAAAUCUCGUUUUUGUACAGCUUUCCUACUUUGGUCUGGCUUCAACUGCUUUUCCGCAUCUGUUAGUCCAAUUCAUUUUCCUCUCUCCGUCUAGACACAGCGGGUUGCCUCCACCGCUUAUUCGCAAGAAAACCAUUGCCCCCAAACCGCCGGUACAGCCACCUCCGAAUUCCUUGAGCAUUCCUGCGCCAAACGCUUCUCGACUACUCUCGACCAAUCAGACUGUACCAUGUGAUACGCGCAGCGCAUCUCCUGUGGUGCUUGACACCAAAUCGCUCGACGUUAACUCCGUUAAUGAUGCCAGUCCCAGUAUAACCGAUGCGGAUCAUCGUUCGGUCUCUCAACCAAAAGAUGAUCGCCCAAAGCGACCCUUGCCACCUUCGUUCGCAUGA